ACUCAAGGCAGGGAAACGUGCUGCUGCUCCUCGCCCUGUGGGCGCUUGGCCCCUCUUGCCAAAUGGCUACUCGCAACGCCCGCCAGGCUUCCCGCUGCUGCUCCCCGCCUCUAACGGCCUUCCUUUUCUGCCUCCGCGUUGGCGUGCGGGUUUCUCCGCGUGUCUACUGGGCUAGGAUCAUUGCAGCAUCCGACGUCAUCCGCCCCUGAUUGGCAGGGCUCCGAGGCCCGGCCCUGCCCUCCUUCGCUCUGAUUGGCAGAAGGACGCGGUCCGGCCCCGCUUUCCUGGAAAGUUCUUGGAAAUCUAUCAAAGGUAUUUCCUUGAACGCAGAGAGCGGCGGCAGCCAAUGCUGGAUAAGCCUGAAAACAACCAGCAACUUUUUCAGCUGGAUCCCUUGAAAAACCCUCUCCCUUUCCAGCUGGGGGAUAUUUUGGUGAUCUGUUGGGGGAAUUAUUUUAACUCCAGGAGAGCAAGCCUGACAGCAAGGUCUCUGCUACGGACGCAUCUAUUUAUAUAUUUCUCUCUUUUUUCUUGUUAAUGUCGGCACAGUGAUGUGAAUACAAUACAAUUCCAGGAAUCCACCACUUCCUGGAAUAGAUUAAAAGGGAGCAAACAAAAGAUUACUUAGUAGUGGCUUCCCCCCUCCCAGAGCUUCAAGAUUACUUCAAGAGGCAGCGUCGAGGCGAGCUGCAACUCUCUCUGCUCACUUCUUCCACGCGUUUAAGACGAGAGAGAGAUUUAUUUAUUGAGACGUAUUUAUUGAUUUUUCUUUCCAGUUGUUGGUGAUUUUAUACGCCACCGGGAAGGAGAUUUCUUUCCUUCUCUCAUAUUCUUUUAUUUUCCCAGUGUAAUUUUUUUUAAAAAAUUCACCUCUGCAAGAGUUCAGUGGAAAACUGCUAAGGUUACGUACCUUUUCUUACUCGUAACUUGCUGAGCAAAGACUUUCUGGAUACCUCAAACUGUCUGCUUUUCAGCGAGUGAUCUCCAAGGUGCUUUUGAGAAGGCUUCUGGGUCUUCAUCCAGCCUUCUUUUUCCGAGUCACUUGCUAGCCGAUUGUGGUACCUCCUGUUUGGGAACAAAGACCGAGCAUAAAGAAGACAACCAAAAGAGGGAGAGCUUUUCCCCCAGUUCCCCGAAGACUUGAUGCUCUUUCCUUGGUCCUGGAGUGACAUGAUCCUCUGUGUUCAAGGGUAAGAUCCCUCAAAGACUUUACAAUUUUCUUAUCCCACUUUAAAAAGUACUGAAAAGGUAUUGUGGAACAAGUCCUCAAACUCCCUUUUCUUUAAAUAAGGGAUUUCAAUUCAAAUCAGUGUGUGUGUUUAAGUUACUUUAUUUCAGUUGAAGGUCACCCUUUGUGCAGGUUCCCAUUUUAAAAAAGGUAAACAUGCAGCACAUCAAGUUAACAAAAUUCAAUACGCUUUUAAAAGAAGUGGAAGGAAGAGAGUUGCUGUUUCUAUUGUGCGUGUUUGAUUAAAGAUGAACAGUGCAAUCUUGUACAUGUCCACUCAGAAAAAAAGUCCCACUGAGUUCAGUAGGCCUGACUUCUAGAUAAGUGGGCAUGCAAUUGCAGCAAACAGGCUUUAUAAUCCUUCUUAAACUGAGGAGCGUGUGUGGGAUCAACUGGAAGAGAAUUCCAAACAUACAGAAAACACUCUUGAGUUGGUACAGAACAGUUUGUUGUGAGUAGUAAAGGGCUACUGUUUUAACCAUCUUCAGAUAAUUAAAAAAAACCCCAACAACACUGCAAAAAUAUACAUAGAUUGCUGUAACUGAUAAUAGCUUAUCUACCCAAGACUCUGUGUGUGUGUGUGUGUGUGUGUGUGUGUGUGUGUGAGAGAGAGAGAGAGAGAGAGAGACAGAUGUAUACAUGGCAUGCUGGUCACACAACUAUCUACAUGAUAUUGCAUUUGUGAAACUUAAGGACAGCAUAAUUUUUCAGUUUGACUAGAUGUAUCCCACUGUUCUUAUCAUCACACCAAUGAGUCCCAACUAGAACUCAUACUCGUGCUGCCAGACUAACAUUUACAGUUGCUUCAGACAUCAAGGGUUGGUACCUGUACACUAAGACUGCAUGUUGUCUGACAUUCCACACUCAAGCCAUGUAAAAUACUUACCUAGUUAUAGUCAUUAAGAGCUAUGCCAUUUAAAACUAUUCCAAAAGAGAAUCUAGAAGUUUUUGCCCCUUUCCACUCUGGCAAAGGUGGGGGUUUCCACCUCCUCUAUUGCUUCUGUGUAUUGCUGGCUAGACACCACAACGAUUUUCCGAUUUCUUUGUUUUCAUUGCUAAUACUUUCUGUUUGUGUGAUGCGUCUCAAAACACAUCUGCUCUAAUUUAGUCUUUGUCCUCAGUCACACCAUACAUUUAAAGCACUAUGAGACCACUUCAGUCAUGGCUUCCCCCAAAUAAUUCUGGGAGUUGUAGUUUGUUAAGGGUGCUGAGAACUGUUAGGACACUCCCCCCCCCCAGCAACAAUUCCCUGAGUGAUUUUACAAUCAAUCCCUCUUCACAGGGAACUCUGGGAUGGGAGGGGAAUAGGGGGUCUCCUAACAACUCCCAGAAUUCUUUGGAGGAAGCCAUGACUGUUUAAAGCGGUAUCAUAUUGUUUUAAGUGUAAAGCAUUUAAAAUGUAACACAUUUUAAAAUUGCUGUAAUGGUGUGAAUGUGGCCAAAGACUAAUUUUAUGUCUUAAAUAAAGUGCCAGUAGCAUAUCUCGUUCCUCUUCCUCUGUUGGUUUACAGUUCAUUUGCUUCCUGUGCUGGCUUUUAACCUGGGGCUCUCUAGAAUUUUGUGCAGGUUAGAAGCCACUUGUCUCCUGCUCACUUAAGCAGAAUUCCCAAGGGAGAAUACAAAAGCACCCAAUAAAGCACAGGGCUGGAGAAUUUCCUGAAUCUUCCUAUCUUGCCAUUUAACUUUGGUUUGCUGGGGAAGUAAGCAACUCCAGAACUUUCAGCUUUAGUUUCAGUGCUGCUAAUUUAUUUUUUAUUCCCCAGUACUAAUAAUUAUUUGGAAAAGGUUUGCAACCUUUCUUUAAAAGUGUGGAAUGCCUUUCACAUUUUCCUAAGUAGCUCAGCUUGAGAAGUGUACCGGUAGUUGUGUUAAUUUCUGAUUAAAUCAUUGUUGCUAUUUUGAUAGGUUCACCAUUCAUUCAUUUAGAACUAGCUAAUGGACCACAUGUCUCAUAUCUCUUUAAUCUUAGAAAGACUGACAUUCCCCCAAGGGGCCCAGGUGAUAGACAUGUGGUUCGUCCUCAGAACAAACCUGCAAAGUAGAUAGAUCCAUUGUGCUUCAUGGAUAUAAGUCAAGAUGAGAACCAGUCCAGAACAAUCAACUACAGCACACUGGUUCUCAGUCUGUGUCCUUCCUCUGAGCAAUCACACUUUGAUGAUGUAGAAGCUUUUCUGAUACUCCCUAACCUCUUUUUGCAGGGAGGGUACAGUUUCAUUUUUAUUAUUGUCCUGUCUGCCCUGUGUUUAUGCCCAGUCUGCUUCAGUGUAUGUUCCUCUCAGAUCAUAUUUAGAAAGCUAUUACCUCAUUUGGCAUGAACAUUUUUAUCUUCUUAUCUUCUUGCACACCUACUCAAAGAUAUUCCCCGGCUUACUACUCGCACCAGCCUUUCUCGUAUUCCCAGUUGCACUGGCAGAGCAAGGCAGGUGCGGUGCGCACCAGGUGUCAGCCGUGAGGGCGGGUGACAUCGCCGUGCCACACCCACCCCCCCAUGCUCGUCGUGCGGGCGGCGGGCCACUAGGGACGAUGCUGCCGUGGGCAGCUCUCACACGUCUUCAUCAUUCCUUCUUUGCUGCAAAUGCCUUUCUGUCUCACCCUGGUUGCCCUUCACUUGGUUGAAGCACAAAAUUUCACUCUUGUCUCCCUUUCAUACCCUAGUUAAGCAGCCAGGAUGCAUGGACUGCAAGGACUGUUUCUCUGAGGAGACCGAAUGCAGGGAAAGACCUAGCAAAAAAUGGUAUUAACAUCACAGAGCACAGCAUCACUCCCCCUGCUGCAAAAACAAAACAAAACAAGGGGCAGACUAGAAUACUUUUAAAAUGUUAUUUUAAAGAAAGGACGUGUGCUGCAAACUCCACGAAUAAGAUUUAAAGGACUGGGAUAAGGUUAUUUAUUUCUACAAACAAUAGAGGUUUGGGUUAAGUUACAGAGGAGACUGUUUCCACCAUGUCAGGCCCUUUGCCCUCUCUGCCUAGUAUUUGUAAUCCCAGCAAGCAGACCUAUGGUUCAAAGAAGCCCAUGCCAAGUAUCCAGUUCAGAAAAUAAGAUGGGUUACAGGGCCUCAUGCCCUCUUCUCCUUUUGGCCAAGAAACUCUGAGGCCUUUAGAGCCUGCCAGCUGGAGUGGCUGUUUUGUUAGCUACUAUUUGGGGUUGGUGCGUAAGGCUAGCUCAUUGUCCGUUUGCUCAUAUGAGUGGUAAACAUCCAUCUCUAGGAGGGUGAGAGGAAAGGACGACGACAUUACAUUUUGUGCAAGAAAGAUGAAACCACACAACAAAAGCAGAAGCUGAUAUUAUUAGGAUUUCCCUCCACCCUUACUAUCAGAAGCAUAUUAGGAACAGAUUUGGCCAUUCUGUUCCUAUAAUAUAUGGGACAGGGUUUCCUAAGAAUCUCUGGAUUUUGUUUUGUUUUGUUUUGUUAAUCUUUUAAAUUAUUUAUUAUUUACGUAUGAGCCAUUAAAAUACAUGUAGCUCUGCUGAGUUUCAUAAGCAAAUAAAUGCAGAAACAAAACCCAGACUGAGAGCUUACAGUCUAAAGUAGGCAAGGAAGAAGACAGGGGAAUGGGUGACAGAGACAAGGGCUGCAAGGGAUUUAUGGGCACAGAUGCUUAAACUUGAUUCCAGUUGGGAAUGAGAAUUAAACGUUAUGCCGAAGAUUUAAAUAUUUAGAUUUCUACGCAUGUAGCAGAAUUCCCAGGACUGCUCAACAUUUCCCUCAUGAACCAGAUAUUUCCGAAAACAGACGGGCACUUUCGUUUGCGAGCAUGAACCCUCCCACCUCAUUAUCUCUAAUUCUGUGGGACUCCACAUCUCCCCUCCCACAGAAAAGUAUUAAGAACAAAGCAGAUUCAGGUAAUUGUGACAUUCAAUGACAUUUCUCUCUUCCCCGUAUGGGUGGAAGCAAAAAUGAGUGCAUCACAACAGAGAAAAGAUCAGUCCAAAGUGUACAGUAUUCCCUAUUACAGGUACUGUAAUCUUUAUGGACUGCCCAUUAUAGUAACAUUCAGGUCCAGUGAUGGACCUGAACCAACUGAAUUUGGAACGGAGAACUCCUGUAACGAAGCCUUGCUGGUACAGCUACUUCCUGCCUUUUCACUUUGUUAGUCAUUUACUACCAUGCAAAUUACUGAUACGUUCAGAUUUGCCGGUUGCUAUCACACCCACUUUGGAGAGUAAAGUGGUUACACAAGGUACAAAGAAACUAAGAGCCCGGGCCAACAUGUGUAGGUGCUUUUGAAAGGCGGCAUUAGAAAAGCUAUGGAGUGGAACAGAAUUGAGAAACUGAGUUGGCAAAUGGUUCUUGGUCAUGGUUUGCCUGAGAAGGACUGUGUCUCAUGAUUAUGGAGGAAAGGUGUGGCCCACUGCAAAACUUUAGCACUGUGAAUUUCUAGCAAUGUCUAAAUUUAGCACACAAAUCAUAUUUGUUACUGUACUGCCUGCCGCCUUGCAAUGGGUGUGUUCCAGAUAAGGUUUUUGUGUUUUCGUGCAUUUCCCCUUUUGGGGAGGUGCAAAAGCUUGCAGCUCAGAAAACAAUUACUUAGAAGAAGAAGAAGAUGAUCACGGCAUUCACAUCCCUUGCGGGUGAUACAUGCACUUUUCUCUGUGCUUUUUUUGUUGACUCAUCUUUAGACUUCCAUAUUCAACUGGGUUAAUUGAAGGAAACCAAGCAGCAAGACCACCAGGCUAUGUGGAGGGAAAAAAUAACAACCAGCAGAAUACAGUGGUACCUUGGGUUACAUAUGCUUCAGGUUACAGACUCCGCUAACCCAGAAAUAGUACCUCGGGUUAAGAACUUUGCUUCAGGAUGGGAACAGAAAUCGCACGGCAGCGGGAGGCCCCAUUAGCUUAAAGUGGUACCUCAGGUUGAGAACAGUUUCAGGUUAAGAACAAACCUCCAGAACAAAUUAAGUUCUUAACCCAAGGUACCACUGUACCAAUGGGAAAGGAUGGAUAUGUAACCUUAUCCCUUGUUUUCAUCAAGGUGUGGUUGACACUGCAUGCAAUGUCUGCCAUGCGUUGGGGUGGGUUUUUUCAACCAAAGAAGUGGCAGGCUGUACAACCAAAGCAGAAAGGCCUUUUGCAAAUGGGACUCAAACACUUUGACUUUGACUUUGCAGCAGAGCUGGAUUUAGGGCAAUGCAGGCCAUUGCCCUGCACAAGUAUGCCAAGCAAAAUCAUUCUUCUUUAACCAGGCCUUUGGCCAAUGCCCUUUUAAAAUGUGUUUUGGAAGUGGGGGGGGUGUUCCUUUGUUUUUGUUUUUAUUACCCGUUUCCUGUUUUUUAUAUUGUAAGUUUAUGCCCUGAGAUCUAUGGGUAUAGGGCAGUAUACUACUACUACUACUACUACUACUAAUAAUAAUAAUACGCAGAGUAAAAGAAGGGAGGGCACCCAAUUUUGUCCUCACUCAGGGUGCCAUAUUACCAGAGUCCACCCCUGUUGCCAGUUCCACAGGUUUUCAGACAAGUUCACUUGGGGCUAAUGAACAAGCUUCCAGUUUGUAUUUCCUGAUGGGUGCAGGCUUGUGGGUAGCUGGGAAAGAGUGGUGGGCCAUGGAACUGGCAGAGGAGGAGGAGAGGGGCCAGACAAUAAGUGUAGCAAGAACAGAUCUGACUGUAGGCUGCCUGUAAGCUUAUAUGCUAUUCUUUGACUCUUCACCUCUUAGAGAUGUUGCGUAACACACGUGUACACACAAAAUCGCUUCAACACUUUCCCCUGCAUAUGUGUUGGUAAUUAUUAUUCAGGCACAGUAAUGUUUGAGAUGCAGUAGAAUAUUGAGCACUAUAUUUGAAUAGCAUAAGAGUGAAUUUUAAAACUUAUUCCAAAUUUCUCUUUUAGUGCAUUUGAUUUUUAAUGGGAUAUAUUUAGGGAAUCAAGUGAAGUUCUGUAUGCAUCUACUCAGAAGUAAGUGGAUUCAGUGAGACUUGUUCCCACCUAAUUGUUUAUGGGUUGCAAUCAAAGAGAAAGAAAAAGACUGGGUCUAUAGGACUGAAAAGCCACAGGCAUGGAGAGAGUGUUUGAGGCUGCAAUCCUAUAUACAGUAAUCUGGGAGCAGUUCCACCGAACACAAUAGGACUCUUUCUGAAUAGACAUGCAUAGGUUUGUGCUGUCAGUUAUCCUCUGUCUGGGGACAAGCCUGCACGACUCCAUUUAUGUUUACUCAAAAGCAGAUCCCACUCCCUUCAGUGGGUCUUAGUCCUUUGUGUGCUUAUUAUCACAGUUAAGUGGUGUGCAUUUCUUCCCUUUCUUCCUCUGUUUAUCUGCUUGUGCAGUGUAACAGGCUGUCACAUAGUGGGUUAGUACAGUAGGAAGCAAUGCGUUGAUUCAACCUGGUUGCCAGGCAAGGUAAAAAAAACACAAAAAACUAAUUCUAAAUGCCCUUCCUUUCAGAUCCCAUCCUUUGCUGGCAGAGGAGAAGAUCAGGAGCCUAUCGCUUGGGGGCUUUGCAGCAAAUCUGUCAGAGCAAGUCAUGCAGCCUCUGUCAGUCACACCUUUCCAAGAAGAGCCUGCUCCACCCUUCGUGGCGCCCACACCGGACAACAGCCCGCCUCAAGCACGAGACCCAGAAGAGGAUCUGCUAUGCAUUGCCAAAACAUUUUCAUAUCUGCGGGAAUCUGGUAAGAGCCCUUGGAGACUCGGUAGUGGAGCGUGCCAUGUGUGCGAAAGGUGUAAAUAACAAGGAAGUGGAAACAUUCAUGCGGUUGAUGGGCAACAAUGACUGUUGAAAGCUGCUUGCAGUGGAGAUAUGGAUGACACACCAUUGGGUGGCAAUGGCGACAGUUCAGAAGGGCAUUAUAGGACUUGAGAACUGGUUGGCUUUUCAUUAGAUCUCAGUGCAGCCAGGCAAAUGGCGCCAUGUUCUUCUGAAAAGCUGGCUUGGGGAGACUGGACCUGCAGCACUACACCAUGAAUCCCUGCUUAGCUCAUUGGGACUUACCAUGUGGUCUAGUGGGUAGAGGGUCCAGCUUGGGAAAAUGGGAUCUGGAUUCAAAUCCAUAUUCGGCCACAAGGCUGCCUUAGACUGUCAGCCUGGAUAAGUGGGGAAAUCCCAUAGAAGCCACCGUGAACGUACUGCAGUAUGCAGUAGUAAACAAAUACAUCUCCUUCCCCUGUAUUACUUUCUUUUAUGAUCGUAGAUCAGGGUUUUCUAAACUUGGGUCUCUAGCUGUUUUUGGACUACAAUUCCCAUCAUCCCUGACUACUGGUCCUGCUACCUAGGGAUGAUGGGAGCUGUUGUCCAAAAGCAGCUGAAAACCCAAGUUUGGGAAACUCUGUUGUAGACCCUGCACUGAGCAGGGGGUUGGAAUAGAGGACCUCCAGGUCCCUUCCAACCCUAUUAUUCUUUGACUAGUUUGUACUUUUUCUUCUAUGUGUUUCUUAUCUCUCUGCCUCUCUUCUAGGCUGGUACUGGGGCUCUAUCACAGCCAGCGAAGCCAAGCAGCAGCUCCAGAAGAUGCCCGAGGGGACUUUCCUGGUACGGGACAGCACUCACCCCAGCUACUUGUUCACCCUCUCAGUCAAGACCAACCGAGGCCCCACCAACGUGCGCAUCGAAUAUGCUGACAGCAAGUUCCGGCUAGACUCAAACUGCCUCUCCAGGCCUCGCAUUCUGACCUUCCCGGACGUGGUCAGCCUGAUCCAGCAUUACGUUCUUUCCUGCACCGUGGAGAGCAAAACGGACGCGCCUUACCCGCCUCCCCUGCCUUUGCCUCCUAUGCAGAAGGAGGUCUCGGCCGUGCACCUGAAACUCAUCCAGCCUCUCAAGCGCAGGGACAGCCCUCCUAGCCUCCAGCACUUCUGCAGGCUACGGAUCAACCGGUCGACUGCCAAGACAGACCAGUUGCCUCUACCAAAGAGAAUGAAUGACUAUUUGAAACAGUACCCUUUCCAGCUUUGAGGGCGCUGCUGGUUUGCCUCAAGACAGACUAUAGAAGCAAUUUUUUUAAAAAACAACAAAAACUAUAGACAUAAAAUAAAAAUUAAAAACCUGAUGGGACAGUGAUGGGGCUUUGUCCCACUGACAUGGUGUGGUAUUAUUUUAAGUGGGCACAGUAAGUUAAUGGCCAGCAGAAGAGAUGGCGUCCAUUAUACCCUCCCCGUAUUUUCUCCCCAGCUAUCCUAAUUCCAUUCCUGUGCCAAAGAGGAGGUGCUGGAAUUGUGGCCAUUCCAGUGCCCAAACCUCAGAGCUUCUCUUUAUUUUCUGACUUUGUCUUUGAGGAAAACACACUUGGCAUGUGCACACUACUUGAAUUUCAGAGUCACCAACACACCGGGAAUGUCGAAGCAUUGUUACUGUCGUUAUUUAUAUCCAUGGUAGCUUUUAUUCUUUUUCACUACUACUAAUUAUAAUAUAGAUUAUUACUAUUACUAUUAUUACUAUGUUUGCUUCUUUUUCAAACAAACCUGUAGCUAUCCAUAGUAACCCUUGGGGGACUUUGAAUAUCAACCAGUUAAGUUGUCUUGCUGUAGCCUUCUCCUUAAUCUAUGAUAGUGCAUUCGUACCCAGAUGCCAUUGGAAGCCCGUGAAAGUUGACCCUAGUCAGCUGUCAACAUCUAGACUUCAGGUCCCAUCAUCGUAGCACACAGAAUACUUCCUUCCCUCCCAAACAAGCCUAUUGGGCUCAGACAAAUGAGCGUAUUUUUGACUCUUUCUAUCUUCCCCUCUUGAAGAGGACACACCCAUUCUGAAGUAGCCAAUUAUAUACUAAUGAUUUGCUUUUUUAAAAAAUAACACAGUGAAGGCUCCUGAGUACCUUCUGCAUGGGGCUGAAGCAUUUGUCUUGGUGGGGUGAUCCCAUCUUCAGUACUCAGACAUAGCAAACUUCUAUACAUGUAUUUAUAUAUUUAUUCCUUCCUUCCUUCCUUUCUUUGGGGGAAGGAGCCCAGCAGAAAACAGGGCACCUUUCUUCCACCAUCCCAAUAACACCGUCAACUGGUUGGUUCUUAAGUUUUUAUGUCACUGCUUUGUUUAGUACCAUGUGGCUUCAGAAAGAGCUGGAUUCUGUUAUUAUUCACUACCUCAUUGGCUAGGGGUAGCUUGACUUGUAGGCUGAAGCAGAUACGUAGUUGCUUUUUGAAUAACAGUGAAAUCAAAAAAACUAAACUUUAAUGUACCUUUUUUUUUUUUUUGCUUCCCUAAAGUUUGCCUGUGGACACUUAAUACACUUUUAUUCUGAUCCUUGUAUAUGGGGAAGGGAGAGGGAGAAAGAAGCAAUCAAGUGUACCAUAUCCAGGCAACUCUAGCACACUUUAUAUUUCUUAAGUUGCUGGUGGUGCCCAAGACCCCAGAAUUUGCUGCGCCUGGGCCAAGAUAACAAGCUUGGCAUUCAUUCUGCCUUCCUCAGCCUUGUGACCUGAUCACUGGGGGCAGAGGAUUUGUACAUUCAAACUAGAAUGGUUGGUCUCCCAUUAUAUAUCUAAAUCCUCAGAACAAUGAUGGAUACACUUUCCCCAUAAGCCUAGAGCUGAGCUGGAGACGAGAGAUUUCUGCUAUGUUAAGAGACUGAGAUUCAGGUAGGGCUAAGGCCCCUUUGCAUCAGAGAUGGGGAACCUGGAGCCCUCCAUGUAUUGCUGAACCACAGCUCCCAUAAUCCUUGACUGAUGGGGCUGGUAUCCAACAACACAUUGGAGAGCCACAAUUUCCCUGUCCCCACCUUAAAACAGGCUUGACCAACCAAAAGCUUUCCAAAGGGUUUUGGACUACAUCCACUGUCAGCCAACAGCCAUGCUAGCUGCAGCUGAUGUACGCUAUGGUCCAAAAUGGCUGAAGGGCACCGAAGUUCUACAGAGUAAUUUGAAAGAUAUAUCAAACCUUCUGCUCCCAUUGCCAAUCCAAAUGACCUGGGACAUUUAGCUAAUGUCUGUUUCUUUUUGUGUCCCCCUAACCCCUCUGCCUGGAUUUCUUUUGUAUUUCUGGUUUUAUUUUGGAUACUUUGAUGACUGACAGAGAAUGUGUGCCUGUGUGAUGUCUGGUUUGUUGCUCACUGAGCUCUCCCCUGUUCCUGUUCACUGUGACAGACUGAGCAAGGGCAAAUGAAUGAGAACAGAGAAUAUAUUUAAAAACAACAACAAAAUACAAUAAAUGAUAUUUUUAAAUAUAAACAAAACACUGCAAUGUUUUAUUUCUAGCCUGUUGCAGAAGCCUUUUAAGCAUGUUUCACUUUGCUCUACUGAAAGUACUGUAGUUACUUCAGGAAACUCACCUGCUAAUAUUGCAGUCCUAAAUCCUGGCACCAGUGUGUCAGUUUGCUACAGUACAGGGAUGGGGAACCAGUGACUGUCUAGGCUUGGCUGGACUGCAACUCCCAUAAUCCCUGACCAUUGGCCAUGCAGGCUGAGGCUGAUGGGAGCUGGAGGGCCACAAAUUCCCCAUCUCUGCUGUAUAAUUGUCUAUUGUGACAUUGCAAGGUAUUAGUCAAGGUAUAAAGCUAAGGUGCCAGUAUAAACCUAAGGUCACUUUUCAUUGAAGAAGGUAUUGCAUCUGUUGUGUAAAGGUUGGAAGCAGAGGAAUGGUGGAACCAGCUGGGGAACCAUCAAGGGAAGAAGGCUCAGAACCCAGGGAGUGGUGGUGGGAUGACAGGGGUCAGAGGAAGUAACAGGGCUUAGCGAGGUGGGAGAGGUUGUGGUGGAGAGAAGUCCAGAAUCAGAGGCAGAAGCUGAAGCAGGUGAGUGGGAGGAGGGAGGCCAAGAGGCAGAAAUGAAUCAAGCUGGUGAAGAGUCACGAGUCUUGCCCCCUCCUGCUGCAACAAGCUCCCCUCCCACAUUGUCUCCCAGAACGAGAAGAGGCAUGAAAAGGACAGAGGAGACGUUAGCUACGCGAAGGCACAGUCUCUGAUUUCUUGGGAAAAGCCCUAAGGAGGCAGGGUCUUUCAGUCUUGGCAACUGAUUUUCAUGCAGGAAGACCACCGGAAACGAACUGCUCUGCUCAUUAGGCC